AGCAGGGAAAGUGGGAGGCCUGGGGCGAGGGGGAUGGGCGCGCCCAGCGGGUUGGGUGACAAGGUGCAAGGGCAGAGCCGGCAGAGGCAUCGGGAGUUGGCUGGCGAGCUUGCGGCAGAGGCAGGUGCCAGCUGCGAGUGGGCGGAGGGGCGGGCGCCCGGCCAGGCGGGGGAGGCCCGGCGUCACCUCUGCCUCUAGGAGUCGGGCGCGCAGACGAGCUCGCCCAGAGCAGCCGGGGGCACGGGCGUCCCCGCCGCCCGCAGAAGGAGCCGCGGGAGCAGUCGCAGCAGCCGCCAGGCGACAGCAUCCUCUGGAGAGACGCCCCAGGCUCCGCAGCCGCCUUCCUCCGCCCGGAGGCGAGCGCCGCCGCCCGCUCCCCGCGCUCCCGCUCGCCGUCGCCCCCCGGCCCCGCCGCCCGUCCGCCCGCGGGGGACAGCAGGCACCCGCGCCCCCGGCCCUUCCCUGCCGCGGGCUCCCGGGCCGGCGGCGCGGGGAGAGAAGGUGCCGGAAGCAGGGGCCCAGGGGCACCAUCCCCGGGUCUCCAGUCCACGCGGAGAAGAGACGCCCGGCAACACCGCGAGCCCCCGGGCCGCCGGUCCCCAAGUUCAGGGGCGACACCCCUCAAGGAGGGGGAGGGGUGCGAUCCCGCGCGGUGAGCACCCCGGCCCCGUCGACCCCGGCCGGCCCUCGGCGCCCAGCGCCCGCCCGGGUCCCCGGAGACGCCCGCGCGCCCCGGCGGGGCCAUGCCCGCGCUGCGCCGGGACCGCCUGCUGACCCUGCUGCUGCUGGGCGCGCUGCUCUCCGCCGACCUCUACUUCCACCUCUGGCCCCAGGUGCGGCGCCAGCUGCGGCCCCGGGAGCACCCGCGGGGCUGCCCGUGCGCCCGCCGCGCCGCCUCCCCGGGCCCGGCCCCCGCCGCCGCCUCCCCGGCCCCCCGCGCGGCCGCGCGCAACUUUUCCCGAGCCGGGCCCGGGCCCGAGCGGCGCGGCGGCCGCGGCUCCAAACUGCAGGCCCUCUACGCCCACCCGCUGUACCGCGUCCCGGAGGAGCCGCCGCUCCUCGGGCCGGAGGACUCGCUCCUGGCCAGCCAGGAGGCGCUGCGGUACUACCGGAGGAAGGUGGCCCGCUGGAACAGGCGGCACAAGAUGUACCAAGAACAGCUCAACCUUACUUCCCGGGACUCGCCACUACAGCUCCAACUUGACGCCAGCUGGAUCCAGUUCCACCUGGGGAUCAGCCGCCACGGGCUGUACCCCCGGUCCAGCCCUGUCGUCCGCCAACUCCUCCAGGACAUGAGGCGCUCUCCCACCAUCAGCGCUGAUUACAGUCAGGACGAGAAAGCCCUGCUUGGGGCUUGUGACUGCACCCAGAUUGUGAAACCCAGUGGGGUCCACCUCAAGCUGGUUCUGAGGUUCUCAGACUUCGGGAAGGCCAUGUUCAAACCCAUGAGACAGCAGCGACAUGAAGAGACACCCGCCGACUUCUUCUAUUUCAUCGACUUCCAGAGACACAACGCUGAGAUUGCAGCUUUCCACCUGGACAGGAUUCUGGACUUCCGACGAGUGCCACCCACAGUGGGGAGGCUAGUCAAUGUCACCAAGGAAAUCCUAGAGGUCACCAAGAAUGAAAUCCUGCAGAGUGUUUUCUUCGUCUCUCCAGCCAGCAACGUGUGCUUCUUUGCCAAGUGUCCAUACAUGUGCAAGACUGAAUACGCUGUCUGCGGUAACCCGCACCUGCUGGAGGGCUCCCUCUCCGCCUUCCUGCCAUCCCUCAACCUGGCCCCCAGGCUGUCUGUGCCCAACCCCUGGAUCCGCUCCUACUCGCUGGCAGGAAAAGAGGAGUGGGAGGUCAAUCCGUUGUACUGCGACACGGUGAAACAGAUCUACCCGUACAACAGCAGCCGCCGUCUCCUCAACAUCAUCGACAUGGCCAUCUUCGACUUCUUGAUAGGGAACAUGGACCGUCACCAUUACGAGAUGUUCACCAAAUUUGGGGAUGACGGGUUCCUUAUUCACCUUGACAACGCCAGAGGGUUUGGACGACACUCCCAGGACGAACUCUCCAUCCUGUCACCGCUGUCCCAGUGUUGCAGGAUAAAAAAGAAAACGCUUUCGCACCUGCAGCUGCUGGCCCAAGGCGACUACAGACUCAGUGACGUGAUGCGGGAGUCUUUGCUAGAAGACGAGCUCAGCCCCGUCCUCACGGAGCCCCACCUGCUGGCCCUGGACCGGAGACUCCAAAUCAUCCUACAGACAGUGAAGGGGUGUGUGGAGGCCCACGGAGAGCAGAGCGUCAUAGCCAGUGACCCCGCAGGAGAGUCGGCCCCGGACUCUGGCCGGGCUAACCCGACAAGCUAGGGGCCGGGUGAAGCCGCAUGUCAGGGACGACGCCUGCAGCCGGCGGUGGACUCGGGUGCGGACCCCGGCUUCCUCGCACCCCCGUCAAGGGGAGAGGCGCUGGGUCAGGAAGUCCUAGGGCACCAGGAUGAUUCUACAGGAGCAAGACCCAAAGGAGAGGGAUCCGCCGAACUUCCUCGGUGCACUGCUUCUCUAGGGGACCUCCUUGGCUCCCUCUUUCCCGGAAGGCACUGUUUCAUCAAGGCCACAGACCAGCUCCUGAAUCCACCAGGGAAAUCUGGACAGGAGUCGGGCUUGGAAGGCCGGGAAGCCUUGUCCCCGGGAAAAGGGUAGAACAAAUAAAAUAAAAGGACACCAGUGGCACCUA